UUGUAAAAAUUUUUUGUUUGUUUGUUUCAGUUCUAGACCUGGAAGGCCUCCUAAGAGGACUCAAAGUGUCACCUCCCCAGAGAAUUCACAUAUCAUGCCGCAUUCUGUCCCAGGCCUCAUGUCUCCUGGAAUCAUCCCACCAACAGGUAGGAUUGCUAGAAACACGUUAGCUAACCGUUUGCCAUCUUUUGCAUAGCUGACUGAUAUCCACUUUAUUAAUAAAUUAACAAUCUAAACAAAAACACCCUCAUACCACAGAUGAGUUCUGUAGUGUGGGUUAUAACGUGAUUGCUACAGGAACAUAUUGUACAUAAUGGAAAUUUUGGUAGCUCAAUAAAUAACUGAGCAAAAUAGUAAUCCUUUACUUUUUUUUCCUCUUUACUUGUUCUUUAUAAACAAAAACCUUUCAGAGCAUGAAUUACCUUAGCUAUUGUUAGACAAUGACCUCCCUAUUUUUUUUUCUAGAGAAGAUCAGAUAUCUUCUGAUUUUUUACUCCUUUGCUUGAUUAGAUAGUCAUCAUGAGUACAGUUGCCUGAAGAAACUGAGUUAGCUACACACGUCUUUCUUAAUUUUGCAUCCUCAAAUUCUAUUUUUGGUAUGCCUCCUGAGGCCUUAUACUCACGUGAAGUCCAGUAGCAAUCUGUUUCUCAAACUACUAUUUAUUUUCUUUAGAAAGUUACUAUAAUACCUUCUAGCAGCGACUUACUCCUAGACAUAGUCUCACUGAAAUUAUGAAGGACUAUGUUGCAGAAAGGCAGUGAAUAGACACCUGAAGAUGGAGGAACCCAACAGUCAAGCUAUUGACUCUGAUGCCACAUUCUAGCUCUUCAUGUUACAAACAAUUUAAAAUCUCCUGCUUCUUUCAGCAGGAGCUGAUCUGAGCUGCUUCCCCAGUUGCUCCUCACUUGUUUGCACAGCUUAAUCUCUAGCACCGAUGUUCUCUAAGGCAAAGAAAGAUAAUCUAGAGAUCCACAUGGAGGAUAGGGUUGCUGGGUCCUGGAGAUAACAGGGUCAGGAUGGAUGUUAAAACACUUGCCCAUGUCUGCUUCAGUGUGAGCAUGAUCCUUGACAUGGGUUUUGUCAUAGCUGACUAAUGCUGUCCAAAACGAUGCACAGUUUAAGGAAUAUCUCAUGCCAGAGACUGCUAACAGUUUGGGUGCAGGUAUCCUAUCUAGAAGGGAAAAGAAUUUAGCUCUUUGGACACAAGGGAGCCACCUCUCUUGGCCCUAGGGCCAGGAAACUGUUUUACAUAGUGAUACAGACAUAACAGAACAAUUUUAUUGGGAACUUAAUGUUUUUUGAAAGGCUAAAGAUCAAUAGCAGGGACAAAAUGAGGAAAGGUCAGACAGCUAAGGUGGUAACAGGGUAUUAAAGUAAGCAGAGGGAAGGGGAGGGAUGGGUUUGAAAGUGUAGAUGUGCAUGCAGGAAGGGUGUCAAGCAAGCAGGGCUCACAGUGAUAGCCUUGGCAGGUGUGACCAGUGAAAAAAUCAGUCAGAACAAGAAAAAUCCUGUAAGAAAGGAAUUAUGGGAUAAAAUCUAAUAAAUACAUUUGAUGCAGAGGGGAACAGAACAUGAGAAUAGGAGAUAGGGUCUAUAUAGGGAAAGUAUGAAAGUUUUUAUAGGGCACAAGCAUUGGUGUUUGUGAGGAAGAGAUCAAAAAGUGCAGAUGCAAAGGGAAAUUAUUUGGGGGAAUAAGAAAGCAAAUAUUAAAGAAAUAAAUGCAGAUGAAAAGUAGAAAGGAGAUGACAUGAAAGAAGUCAGAGAGAAAUAAGCAAGCAGAAAAGAGGAAGAAAAAAAUGACAACAGAAUCAUUUUUGGAUUUUGUUUUGCAGAUAAUAAAUAAGAGCAGAUCCCCUCAUGAUAUAAUAUCUUCUUUUUUUUUUUUUUGCAAUUUUUUUAUUAUAAGGAACAGCUUAAAAAACAAAACUAAUGCUUAACGUAUCCAGUUCCUCCCUAGUCCUUUAAAACUGGUCAUGAGUUAAUCAUAAAAAUGCAGUACGGAAAACACAGAUCCAAUUUCUUAGAACAUCAGCCUACAAAAACAAAUGUAGGAACCUUUCAAAAUGGUGAUAAAUAAAAAAAAAAAGAAAAUAAUUUAGAAGGAAAGACAAGAGGUAUGUAUAAGAUUAUAAUUCAUAGAAUAUUAUUGGGAUGAUAAUGCUUUGCAGGUCUCUGGCAAAAGAGGAAAGGUUUAAAUGAAAUAGCUAUUAAAUUUGAACCGAUUUCACAUUACAUGGCUUGCCACAAGAAAAAGAAUAAGCAUGAUUUUUCCAGUUGUGGUGGUGAGUCUCAGAGAGUACAAAAAAUGCACACAGUGACCUUAAUAGAAACAAGUUCUGGGAUAUAGUGUUCCACGGAGUAUGGCUCAGCAGAGUGAAGGAACUUCAUGAUAGCAGUGCUAUAAGGCAGUCAUUCCACCAUUUUAUAGACAGACAGGUAUAAACAUGGGCCAAAAUUAUCUAUUCCUGAAAGCUGAAAUCAGUGAGUGGUUGUGCAUUUACCUUGUGAGUAAGCAGCAAGCACCAAAGCCAUUCUCCCAAGAGAGGGCUGUGACUACAGUAGAUGAUGCAGGUGCCAUUUUAUAUGCUACUGCUUUAGUUGGUAAAAGAAAAUCCCUGCCACUUGUGAACAUUUUCCAUGAUAUUUUCGCUGUAUACUCACAGGGUCA